AUGACAGCCCCAUCCACGACUGCUGCCUCCACGGCUGUGCCCUUCUUGGAGGUAAAAAAGGAUCUUCGCCUGCUGCAGACAGGGCGGCCGGUGGCGGGGUACUCCAACACACCGGAGCUGCUGGAAAAGCAUCAUGCCUUGACGGGAGGGAAGCCCUACUUCCGCUUCCCGCCGGAGCCCAACGGCUUUCUCCACAUUGGCCAUGCGAAGAGUAUGAACCUGAACUUUGGCUGUGCCGUGGCGCAUGGUGGCAAGUGUUAUCUGCGCUACGAUGACACAAACCCCGAGACGGAGGAGCAGGUGUACAUCGACGCCAUCCAGGAAAUGGUGCGCUGGAUGGGGUGGAAGCCGGACUGGAUCACAUUUUCUUCGGAUUAUUUCCAGCAACUUUACGAUUUUGCGAUUCAACUUAUUAAGACUGGCAAGGCAUAUGUGGACCACUCCACCGCGGAUGAAAUUAAGAAGCAGCGCGAGAGUCGAGAGGAAAGCCCGUGGCGCAAUCGCUCCAUCGAAGAAAAUCUUAAUCAUUUUGAGUACAUGCGCCAGGG